UGGUCGGCAGCAGCAGCAGAGAAGUUCCGUCUCCUCUCCCCCAGGAGGCAACAUGAAGCUACUGGAUGAGCGCAUCUGGUCGCUGUUCAGACGUCACUUGCAGCAAACUCUCACCUACUGGAGUGUGUUCUUCAGCUUCGGUCUAUGCAUCGCCUUUCUGGGGCCCACCAUCCUGGACCUGCGGUGUCAGACCCAGUCCACCUUGCAGCAGAUCACCUGGGUCUUCUUCUCGCAGCAGUUCUUUCUGCUCGUGGGCAGCAGCGUGGGCGGACUUUUCAAAAAAACCCUGUUGUCCUUCCUGUCAGCCCUCUUCACCUCGACGCUCAUCAUCUCACUCAUAUUUGCCAUCAUACCACUGUGUCACCAUGUGAUACUGCUGUCCAUUGCAAUGGGAGUGGCUGGAAAAGCCAUGGGUGUCAUAGACACCAUUGGGAACCUGCAGCUGGUGAAGCUCUACCAGAAGGACUCAGCCAUCUUCCUGCAGCUGAUAGUAGUCAGCGGUCCCGGUGGUGCCGAUUGUAUGGCAGCAUGGCUUUGCAUUUCUUCAUAGGCCUGGGGGCUCUGGUCAGCCCCCUCGUGGUUGAUCCAUUCCUGGCAGAGGACAGCUGUGUCCUUUCAGCCAACUGGACUGCCAACUCUUCCUCCUCGGACCUCGAACACCUCCGUAACACCCUGGCCGGGCACGGGUCUGCACUGCAUAAUACCUCUCAGUACCCUCUAUACACCGAGGGUAUAGUCAUCACCAGGGUGUCAUAUGCUUUCUGGAUCAUGGCUAUUAUUAAUCUCCCUGUGCCAGUAGCAGUCCUCGUACUGAUGUUCCAUGAGAGACUGGUGUCCUGCUCCAACAGCAGCCCCCCUCUGCUUGAGAAGGAGCCCAACAUCAGUUCAAGCCCUGCCAGGGACGAUGGUCAAGGACAUGGGGGAGUGUUUGACUGCUGCAGACGCAACAAUCUCCGAGGUCAUCCUGCUACUUUCUUCAUCAUUCAUGCCCUGGGCGGAGCUAUCGUUUUCAUUACGGAUGGAAUUAUAGGGUGCUAUGCUGGUUUUGUCUACACCUACGCUGUCUCCCCUCCUCUGCUGAUGGGCCACAAGACAGCAGGCUGUCUGGACAGUGUAUUUUGGGCCUCAGUCACAGCAGGAAGACUAUCUUUCAUCUUCUUCUCAUCCAGAUACACAGCACCUAUCCUUCUCACCAUUAGUCUGGCAGGUGUCAUUCUGGUUCAGUGCCUGCUGUUGAUCUUCUACACCAGCCAUGUGUUUCUUUUCAUCGGCACUUCUGUACUCGGACUGUCUGUCAGCAGCGUGUUCCCUUCCAUACUGGCUUUUACUGAGGACAUUUUGGAUUACAAAGGUUGUGCCACAACUGUCCUCGUGACAAGUGCCAGCACAGGAGAGAUGGCACUGCAGCUGCUUGUUGGAUCAGUGAUCAACAGUAAAGGCAGCUACUCAUUCCUGUUGUGUACUACCAUAACGUCCUUCAUCGGCUUCUGUCUGUUCCAACUGCUCCUCUACACUCAUCGUGUUCACAGAAACCAUCAAACAGAUUCAUCUGAAUUUAUGGACAUGAAAGAGCAGCAAAGGCUGGAGGCUCCUGAUCUCCAGACGUCUGAAUCACACAUCAAAGCAAAGGAAGAAGAAUCCUCUCAAUGUGGAAGCUCAUCUUCAUCGUGACACUUGGACUGACCAUGUGAUAUUCUUUAGUCUGAGGAUCCAUAUGGGUAGCUCAGUGGAUCAUUAAACCAGCAGUGACAUUAAAGAUUGUGUUAUUACCAAGCAGCAACUUCUUUGUAUAACCACAAGUUAGCAAGGCAUGGACCAGUUUGAUAACCUCCAAUAAUUAGAUCACAGUUUUACUGUAACAUGGUAAUGCAAAAAUGUUACACCAAAAUGUAGAAUUUAUUAUUAUAACAUUGCUAUAAUAAUAUUCUCGAUUAUUUUUGCUAUUUUAAUCUUGUUACAUAUCCUUAAGCAAAAAAUAAUGAAUAAACAUUCAUUGGUUUUAGUUUUCAGGUAAAUAUUGAGCAGAACUUUUUGUUCUUCUGCUCUUUAUUGUAUACAAAAAACAGAUAUUAUCUGGUUAUUAUAUUUGGUUGAUAAAGUCCAGAUUCUGUGUUUUUAGCCACCAGAAAUAUGUGAGUUCAACAGAAAAGUGUAGCAGCCCUCUUUCAGCCAGCUGAACAGCAGUGAUGGGUUCUCUACGAAGUAUACAGUUGGAAAAAAAAACUCUGGUCACUCCUACAUGUUCUCUGGCAUCUCUUUAAAAGAACUUUAAACCAUAAGAAGGUUAGGAGGAAAACCUUUAAGCAGUUUUGAAACGAGAGCCCAUAUUCACAAAGAUUCUCAGAGUCCUCUCAGGUAGCUGCUGAGAGUGACUCUGAAUGAUGAGACGACAGAAACAUCCUAUCUUAGUGAGGAGGUGAGGUUGACCUUGUUGCUAGGUGUGACGCUGCCUUCUAAGCUUGGUUGUUAAAGAAAACAAAAAGUCAAACAACAAACAAAUGCACUCCUAAUAAUCAAUGGAGGGAAAUUAACUCUUAAGAAUUUAGACUGAAUUAAGAAAUGUGUAAAUCUCGAUGAAACUUAUCCAAAUAAAUUAAUUGUCACACAGCA